AUGCGAUCGCAGUCUCUUUGGCGCUCCCUUGCGCUGUUGCAGAGUGCUUCCACCCGCUCCUUUGUGAACACUGGUCCGGGCCGACGUGCCUUUCAGACUGCCAAUUCCCGCGUCCCCGACUUCGCCUUUGCAUUUGACAUCGAUGGUGUGCUGCUACGAUCCUCUAAGCCUAUUCCCGGAGCCGCCGAAUCCCUAGCCCUUCUGAAAGAGCAGAACAUCCCGUUUCUCCUAUUGACAAAUGGUGGUGGGAAACAUGAAACGGAGCGAGUGGCGGAAAUCAGCGAGAAACUGAAGGUUCCAUUGGAACCGGAGGUAAUUGUUCAGAGCCAUUCGCCUUUUGCGGAGCUUGUGCGCGGGCCAGACGAGCAGAGUGCCCUGGAGAACAAAUGCGUGCUGGUGGUUGGAGGAGAAGGCGACCGUUGCCGCCAGGUAGCGCAGAUGUACGGCUUCAAGAAUGUGGUGACACCCGGCGACAUCUACAUGGCGAACCCAUCUAUCUGGCCAUUUAGGUCUUUCAAGAGCUACUACGAGAAGAUCUCUAAGCCGUUGCCAAACCCAAAGGAUCCCAAUGACCCUUCGAGAGGGUUGAAGAUCGACGCGAUCUUUGUCUUCAAUGACCCACGGGACUGGGCUCUCGACGCUCAGAUCAUCACCGACAUCCUCCUAUCGUCGGAAGGCGUGAUAGGUACCAUCUCUGAAAAGAACGGUCGGACUGAUCUCCCAAAUCGGGGUUUCCAACAAGAUGGGCAGCCACAUCUGUACUUUUCGAAUCCAGACCUUUGGUGGGCUGCAGCCUACCACCUUCCUCGUCUCGGCCAAGGAGGAUUCCGUGAGGCGCUGGAAGGCAUUUGGGCUGCAGUUACAGGAGGCCCGGCCAAAGGCGUGGAGCUGAAGAAGACCAUCAUUGGCAAGCCUUAUCAGGGAACGUACGAGUUUGCGGAGCAUCAACUCUUGCGCAACCGUGCCAGAGUAUUCGGUUCGGAUGCCCAGCAGCCUUUGCGAAACGUCUAUAUGAUCGGAGACAACCCGGAGUCAGACAUCCGUGGCGCUAACAGCUACCGGAGUGAGCAUGGCAGCAAGUGGCACUCGAUUCUGGUGCGAACUGGUGUCUACAAUGGUGGUGAGCCAGCGUGGACUCCGACGACGAUCGCCGAUAACGUGCACAAGGCAGUUGAGUGGGCGUUGAAGAACUCUCAGUGGCGGUCUUAA